AUGUCGACAUCGAGAAAGACACCCGUCAUAGUAGCCCAGCUCUCCAACGCCGUCGCCGGCAAGAUCUUCGGCGUGAGCAAGGUGAAGGGGGGAAACAGAUUCGCCACCAUCCACGUCGCCGCCAUGGUAGUGAUCCUGUACCUCGAGGCGAAGAAGGCGCAGGCCGGGGUCACCGUAUGA